AAGAGUCCAUCUUCUGCUCUGUAAAAGACCUUACAGCCCAGCAGCUGGCAUCAGGGCUGCCCAGGGGUGGGGGGGUCUGUGGCACUCCCCCAUCACUCACUGGGAUUCAAGACGGUAGGUGUCAGCUGUGUCCCAGUGUCCCUGAGUUCCUGCUGAGCACUGCCAUUUUAGCAAGGAUGUGGUAUAGUUUUUAAUUUUUAUCUUGCCUGGGAAUGGGAGUUUCUAACUUCCAUUGGGUCUUUCUUAAAAGUACAGCAAUUUGGCGGUUGGUGGGCAGUAACUGAGGCAAGAUGCUGCGGAAUCUGUUGGCUCUCCAUCAGAUUUCGCAGAGGACCAUAAACACUGCUUCACGCAGGGAUUUUGAAAAUAAAGUUCCAGAGAAGCAAAAGCUGUUUCAGGAGGAUAAUGGGAUUCCAGUUCACCUAAAGGGUGGGCUGGCUGAUGCCCUUCUAUAUAGAGUCACCAUGGUUCUUACAGUUGGUGGAACAGCAUAUGCCAUAUAUCAGCUGGCUAUGGCUUCAUUUCCUAAGAAGCAGGAUUGACUUCAGUCAUCCCAGUGAUCACGUGGUUCACCUUCAUUUAGCUCUGUAUGGACCAGUAA